AUGAACCGUUGGAUCGUUAACGGCGGCGACGGCUUCGACGUGCUCAACGGCACCCCCUACAAGGUCUUGGGGACGACCAGGGGCGCCAUGAUCCAGAAGCUCCAGCGGUCAGCCUCGCCACUGGACCCUCCGCAGGUGGACGACCGCGCGUGCCUCAUCGCGGGGGCCAAGAAGAGCUGCAGCUGGACGGGCCAGGUCAAAGCAGACAGCGCGAAAGUCCCGUGCGUCGACACCGACAGUGGGGCGCUCGACAACGAUGGGGACUUCUGGGGAGACCACUGCUCCAACUACACCGCCAACCCCGACUGGUGCGGCGCCCACGACGACGACGACUUCACGUCCGCGGGCAUGUGCUGUGCGUGCGGCGGCGGCAGCGAGGGCGGCGUCCUGGGCUUCGCCUCGGGGCCGAUCGACGGCGAGGAGAGCCGCGGUGCCUGA